AUGCGAGACAAAAGCAAUCCCUUAACAUUGCCGGAGGCAGCCUUCAGGAAACGGUUCAGACUCUCUAAAAGUGCAUUUAACUAUGUAUUGGCUGAACUCAAAUUUGAAGGGCAUUUGUCAACCGCAGUGCCACCAAUGAUUCAACUGGGAGCGACUUUGUCCCUUUUGGCCAGUGGUGGCUACCAGCACUUGGUGGGAAAUGACUUUUUGAUAGUUAUUGGAUGUAUUGAUGGCACGCACUUUGGGCUGCAAAAACCAACGUUAAAUGAGCACAUGUUCUUCAACAGGAAAGGAUACCAUAGCCUCAACUCAAUGAUAAUAUGUGACCAUGAAUACCGCAUUUUAGCCAUUGACUCAAAGUAUGGUGGAGCCGCACACGAUUCCUUUGUGUGGAAGCAUUCGGCACAACGAAAGUUUUUGGAGGAGCAAUUUAACCAAAAUAACGUCAAAAAUGUUUGGCUUUUAGGAGAUUCGGGUUAUCCCUUGGAGCCGUGGUGUUUAACACCAUUCAGGAACCCUGAAGAAGGGUCUACUCAAGCUAGGUUCAAUGAGGCUCAUUCUAAAGCUCGCUGUGUGGUUGAAAGAACCAUUGGUAUCCUAAAGGGCCGUUGGAAAAUUCUCAGCAAUGACAAGAGAAGCCGUUACAAACCUGAAAAAAUGGCACAAUUCGGGAAUGUAUGUGCAGCGUUGCAUAACAUUUGCAUACAUUUCAAAGAUGCGUCGUAUUGCAGACAUUAUGCAAGUGAAACUAUCAACACAGAAGUGGAUAUGGGAAACGAAACUCAUUUAACCAAAAUUGGACACAAAAUUCGAAAUCAAAUAAUGUUGGCGCUAGAAAAUACAAUUUGA